GUUAAAUAUUAUCAUCACAGUGCAAAUUAUUUAAACAUUUCUAAUCAUUACGAAAAGAUUUCGUAUUAAAAAUGGGUAUACCGAAGUUGUUCCGAUAUAUAAGCGAAAGAUAUCCUUGUGUCACUGAAAAAUUGAAGGAUUAUCAGAUACCUGAAUUUGAUAAUUUAUAUAUAGAUGCAAAUGGUAUUAUACAUGAAUGCUCACAUCCAGGCAAUAUGGACAUUUCGAUCUGCAUUUCAGAGGAGACUAUAUUCAAGAAUAUAUUUCGUUAUAUUGAGUUAUUGUUUUGCAUGAUCCAGCCACAAAAGUUAUUUUUUGUAGCAAUUGAUGGUGUGGCACCACGUGCAAAAGUUAAUCAACAAAGAAGUAGACGCUUCAAAACUGCAAAAGAUGUAGAGAUUCAAGAAGCUAAAGCAAGAGCUAAAGGUAUAAACAUACCUAAAGAGAACAGAUUUGAUUCUAAUUGUAUAACUCCAGGAACACAGUUUAUGUCUAAACUUGAUGAGCAAUUGAAAUAUUUUAUUACAUAUAAAAUCUCAACAAGCAAACUUUGGCAAAAGUGUAAAAUUAUAUUCAGUGGAUCUCAGGUUCCUGGUGAAGGAGAGCACAAAAUAAUGGAGUUCAUACGUUAUAUGAAAACACAACCAAAUUAUAAUGUAAAUACUAAACAUUGUUUAUAUGGUUUAGAUGCAGACUUAAUAAUGUUAGGUUUAUGCACACAUGAGUUACAUUUUAUAUUAUUAAGAGAAGAAGUAACAUUUUCUAAAAGUGGAAGGAAAGUUUGUUUUAUUCCAGAAGAGACAAAAUUUUGUCUAUUUCAUUUACAUGUAUUAAGAGGAUAUAUAGAUCAUGAGUUUUCCUCAUUGAAAGAAAAGUUGCCUUUUCCAUAUGAUUUGGAGAAGAUAAUUGAUGACUGGAUUUUAAUGGGAUUUCUUGUAGGAAAUGAUUUUAUACCACAUCUGCCAAAUUUACAUAUUGUACAUGGUGCAUUGUCCAUAUUGUAUGAAGUAUACAUGAACACAUUGCCUACGUUAGAUGGUUAUAUAAAUGAAGCAGGGACAUUAAGAUUAGAUAGAUUUGAAAAAUUUAUGGAAAAACUUAGUCGUUUUGACAUAUUGCAAUUUUCUGAAUAUUAUGCAGAUUUGAAGUUUCUUGAAACUAAAACAGGAAAAUAUUUCAUUAAGACUGCAAAACAGAAUGAUAAGACAUCAAGGAGCAGUGAAGAGACUUAUUCUCCCCAAAAAAUACAAGAUAAGGAAUUUAAUGCUUUACUUAGAACUGCAGCAGAGAUGUCUUUAGGAAGGUAUGACGAUGAAGAUGGAGAUGAUAAAUCGGAUAGCGAAAUGUACACUAUGGAAUUUGUUCAACACAAAAAAGAUUAUUAUAUAAAUAAGAUAAAAUAUGAAAACAUAGAUGAAGAUUUUUUACAUUCACAAGCUGAGUGUUAUGUUAGGGCGAUUCAAUGGAAUUUAAAUUAUUAUUAUAAUGGAUGUUGUAGUUGGUCAUGGUACUAUCCACACCAUUAUGCACCUUAUAUAUCAGAUAUAAAAAAUUUUAAGGACUUAAAGUUGGAAUUUGAAUUAGGGCAACCAUUUUCACCAUUUGAACAAUUAUUGGCUGUAUUGCCACCAUAUAGUAAAGAAUUAUUACCAUCAGCAUUCCAAUCAUUGUUAAUUGAUAAAGAGUCUCCAAUAAUUGAUUAUUAUCCAUGGGACUUCAAAACAGAUUUAAAUGGCAAGAGGCAAGAAUGGGAGGCUGUAGUACUUAUACCAUUUAUAAAUGAAAAAGUCUUAUUAGAAGCAAUGGCACCUCAUUAUUCAAAGUUAACUCCAGAGGAACAGGCAAGAAACCAACAUGGACCAAUGUGCUUGUUCUUAUAUACGAAACAAGAUUUAGGCAUUUAUAAAUCACCUGAAUAUUUUCCCGAUAUUAUUAAUCAUGCAACUAUGAAAUUAAUUAAUCGUGAGGAUAUUUUUGUUCCUAGAGAGAAAUUAGUACGAGGUUUGUGUCCUGGUGUAAACUUAGAUAUAUAUCAUUUUGGAUUUUCUUCCUUGCGGUAUAUAAAGCAUACUGCAAAACUAGAGAAGGCCAAAGUAACUGUAUUCCAAAGACAAUCCGAUCAAAAAAGUAUGAUCUUAUAUAUUAAGUCACAAACCAAGGCUGACUUAACAACUAUAGGAUCAAAAUUAUUAGGAGAAACAGUGUUCGUAAAUUGGCCUCAUUUGAGGGAGGCUUUUGUAAUUGGCGUUUCGGAUUGUUCUACAAAAUUGAAUUUAGUUAAUCCACAAAUGAAACGUUUAUACGAUACCGUUGAUGAAACAGAGUGGAAUGUGUUGAAGGAACGUAUAACAAAAAUGUAUAAAAGUUAUCUUGGAGUGGAUAUUGGAGAAACGAAGUUUUUGGUCUAUGUACGAUUACUGACAGGCGAAAAGUAUACUAUUGGUUCCAAUGGGAAAGUACACAUCGAAAAGCACUGGGAUGAUGUUCCAAGUUGUUAUGCUUAUCAGACUGUAGUAGAAGAUAUCACGAUCUGUAGCAAUAAUGUUGCACGAUAUGAGACUGUUAAUGAUAUCUUUGAACUAGGGACUACUUGUUUUAUGUUGGGACAUCCAUAUUAUGGAGCAAUGGGAAAAAUACGCAAGUCAGCAGUUUGUAAAAUAUCGGGUAGAGUAAAAGUAUCUGUAUUCACGACGGGAGAACCGUCAUUCAAAGCUAUCAAACAAAUUCAAGCGGAUCUUCAAACUCAAUAUAUGAACGGGAAUAUAGCGUCACAAAAAUUGGGUAUAAGUACUCUACUUUUAAGUAGAAUUACUGGCACAAUUUUUGUAAAGCAAUCUUCAAAUGGGUCUCAGCAAGAUGAAGUUACACAUAAUAUCGGAUUCAAUUUAAAAUUCACGAAGAAAAACGCAGAAGUACCUGGUUACACUCGGAAAGGAGAAGAUGGUUAUUGGCUUUAUAGUCCAAAAGCGCUUGACUUAGUCCGCUGCUACAUGCUAAGAUAUCCUACUCUUUUUGAACGAUUAGCUCAAAAUCCAACCACGUGUAUUUUUCAAGAAGAAGAUUUAUUUACUAAAGGAUCUGGAGAGCUAAAUGACAUAGUGGCUUGGUUGAAAGAACAGUUUCAUGGAAUAGAAAGUCAAACCUGUGGUGGGAAAACUGUUGAGAGUUUUAUAGUAAAAAAAAUAGAGGAGGAAGUAGAUGCAUAUUUAAAGACACCAAAUAGCAUUAGAAGAGUUGUAGAUAUGCAAGUGCAGCCAUAUUUACUUUAUACACCUAGUUUAUAUAUACGCAAUCUUCCACCUGAUCCAAAAACACAGACACAAUUGCUGGACAGAAUUUGCUGUACUAAAGAUAAUUUCACAGUACCUCUUGGAUAUAAAGGAACUGUAAUUGGAAUACAAAAGGCAGCACGUGUAUUGGAUACUAUGUACACUAUUUUGUUCGACAAACCAAUUAUUGAUGGAUUUAGUAUAAAUGGAUCCUCUGAAUGUCGUGCGUAUCGUUUGGCAGCUUUUGAUUUCAUAAAUAUUAGUUAUGGACAGAGGAUAGAACACAGUAAAGGGACUAUGAAUUUGAACACAGAGCCUAUAGAAGAGUGGAAGAAUCUUAUGACCAAUCAGGAAGGUCAAUUACGCACAAACACCAGUACUUUUAGGCCAUAUAGGAAUGAAAAUUAUUUGUCGAUUGAAACACCGAUGUCGCCAAAAUCACGGAUUACUCAAAAAAGUAUUGAAGAAACGUCAAAAAAUCAGCCAACUCAUAAAUUUAAACAAUACAGCAGUCAAAACACUGCAAAUAUUUGGAAGUCGAACAAGACGGUGAAAAGUGUGCAGCUUUCUCAGAACACGCAAAAGAUGCCGACGACAAAUCCAACGUCCGAAUUCCAGGCAAUAUGGAACGAAUUGCAUAAGAAACAGGAACUGAAUAAAGCUGCACCACAAGUUCUAAUGAAACCUGAAAAUUCACCACAAGAUCCGAGUGCUUUCUUAAAAGCAGUAUUAAAAAUUCCUGAUGGAAACGCUCAAGAACUUGUACAACCUGGAGUAUCUAAAAUACCUAAAUGUUCAAAUAAUCUACAAAAAGAAAACAAGGUAUUGGAUACACCACCUUUGGUGCAACAAUUAUUUGAUCAAGCUCGUCAGAAUAAUAAAACACCAAUUUGGUAUUGCUCUCAAUUAUUGAAUUACUAUCAACUUGACCCUUGUGUAAAUCAUGAACAGGCAGCAGGAAGUGCUGCGAAGAAAGUUUACACAGAAUUAAAUUUGGGUAAUCUACUACCAAAUAUGAAGAUACUUCUGCCACCUCUUCAAUAUUGGUACUUUAAUUUUCAAAAUAAUAAAUGGACGCAAAAUAUAAGACCACCAGUAGUACCAUAUUAUUCUUCAGAACCUAAACCUCUUCAAUUAUCCCUCGAAUGGGUUCAAAAGGAUAAUUGUGCUGCUGGUACUCAAGAUACGUCCAAGCAAAGUAAUCAAUAUAAGAAUCAUAUUCAAUCAGAAACGUCUCAGAAACCAAAGUCAGAAACAAAGAAAUGCCCAACUUUCGUACCGUUACAAGCACAAAAGAAAAGCAGACACAUCUUAGCUAAGCAGGUUGCUAACAAAGAUAAUGUAAAUCAAAGUGCCAAAGACAAUUUUCAGCACACAAUACAAAAGAAAAAGGAAUUCUCUACGAAGACGAUAAAAGUAGAAGCUGUCAGCCCGCCCGUCGAAAAGGAAAAGCCAGUGCAAAAUAGUUCACAUCAAGUACAAAAUACACAAACCGUGAUAAAGCCUAAAAAAUCGCGGGUUGCCGCAAAUUUUUUCAUAUCACUACAAAUUGAAGAGAGUAAUCAUAGUAACAGUUCAACCUAA